GCAAUGACGGCGUCCGGUAGCGGGAUGGCUCAGAAAACCUGGGAAUUAACCAACAACAUGCAAGAAGCUCAGAGUAUCGAUGAAAUCUACAAAUACGACAAGAAACAGCAGCAGGAAAUCCUGGCGGCGAAGCCCUGGACUAAGGAUCACCAUUACUUUAAGUACUGCAAAAUCUCAGCUUUGGCGCUCCUGAAAAUGGUGAUGCAUGCCAGGUCAGGAGGCAACUUGGAAGUGAUGGGAUUGAUGCUGGGAAAGGUGGAUGGCGAGACUAUGAUCAUCAUGGACAGUUUUGCUUUGCCUGUUGGCCGCCUCGAAAAUGCAAUUGGUUGGUAUCACAGCCACCCUGGCUAUGGCUGCUGGCUCUCUGGGAUUGAUGUUAGUACUCAGAUGCUCAACCAGCAGUUCCAGGAACCAUUCGUAGCAGUUGUAAUUGAUCCAACAAGAACAAUAUCUGCAGGGAAAGUGAAUCUUGGCGCCUUUAGGACAUAUCCAAAGGGAUACAAGCCACCUGAUGAAGGGCCUUCUGAGUACCAGACUAUCCCACUUAAUAAAAUAGAAGACUUUGGUGUACACUGCAAACAGUAUUAUGCCUUGGAAGUUUCAUAUUUCAAAUCCUCUUUGGAUCGCAAAUUGCUUGAACUUUUAUGGAAUAAAUACUGGGUGAAUACAUUGAGCUCUUCUAGCUUGCUUACUAAUGCAGACUACACCACGGGUCAAAUCUUUGAUUUGUCUGAAAAGUUGGAGCAAUCAGAAGCCCAGCUGGGCCGAGGGAGUUUCAUGCUGGGUUUAGAAACACAUGACCGAAAGUCAGAAGACAAACUUGCCAAAGCUACACGGGACAGCUGUAAAACUACCAUAGAAGCUAUCCAUGGAUUGAUGUCUCAGGUCAUUAAGGAUAAACUGUUUAAUCAAAUUAACAUCUCUUAAACAGUCACUGAAUAAUAUUCUUACCUGGAAGCCAGUAGCAGAAAAAUACUCAAGUAGAACUUUAAAACCAUUUACCAAAAAUCUAAUAGAAGUAUAAGGUGCUCUGAAGUGUGGUGAAUAUUAACAAUCUGUAAUAAAGUGCUGUAAAAUGA